AUUUCGUUUGGGAUUCUUGUGCAAUCUUUGCACCUUCAUAUUUAUUCCCAUUCGAAUACUCGGCUCCCGCAUUCCCCCCUCCAACCACCACUAGGUAUGCCAUGACAGUCGUUUCUUGGCCAGGAUGAAGUUCGCCAAAGAGCUGGAAAAGGAGCUGGUGCCGGAAUGGAGGGUGAUGUAUUUUGAUUAUAAGACUGGCAAGAAGAAGAUCAAGGCCAUCACGCGAGCCCUCCGGACGGCAAAUCGAACACCAGGACUCUCAGCUCGAUCCCAACCUAUGCGAUACCCAUCCGCGUCUUCCCAUAUUUCGGCAUAUGAAUUCGAUCAGGACCACCCAUCGAAUCGACCCAUCCAGACAACCGAGAGCCAGCCAUUGCAAACACCUGGGUCGCGAUUCUCGGGACCUAUAGGUAGUUACGGGAGCAUUGUCGCCUCCCCGCGCCCAUACACUGAAAGCCCGGACAUCAGGUCUCUCAGGCUGCCGGAUCCUGCUAUCGACCCGAACCAGGACUAUGUACAACCGAGCGAGAAUCUAGGCCCAACAGGACCCAAGAACUCAUCACCAAUCUUGACGCGACGGGUCACCUCUGCUCCGCCAGAAUCCAGCUUGACCAAAGUCCCGACUAGUCACAAUUCUCCGCUUCAUCGCGAGACUACCCUAGAGGAUUCGGGAAUACCGCCUGAGGCGUUGGGAGUUUCUCCCAACACGCCUGGGGUGAAUCGCACUCCACAAUUCAUUCGGCGUGUUUUUUCCUAUGCCGAGGAUCCUUCACCCGCGGACUCGCGCCGAGAGGUCGAGAAACGCCGUAGUGAGUUUUUCACUUGGCUGGAUGACGAGCUGAAGAAGAUCGACGAUUUCUAUCGUAAGAAAGAGGAAGAGGCCAAGGAGCGAUACGAUAUCCUGCAUCAUCAACUCCAUGUUAUGUCUCGAAAUCGCCAGGGAGAAAUGAAGGAUGCUAAGAAAUCUGCCGAGGAAAAUGGCCAUGACACACCACCUCGACCGAAACGGCUCGCCGUGUUGAAUGCUGCCCACUUGAAAGAUACACUGAAAGAAACGCUCACGGGAAAGGCACUCCGAUUUGGUAAGAACUCUGAGUCUUUGGCCCAGAUGGAGACGCCCGGCAUUCGGCCAAGGGAUCGCGAAUUCAUGUUCGAUCGAAGGGAACACAUGCAUCAUACAGAUUCCCCUACAAAGGACCCCGGAUAUCGGACCGCUAAACAUCAGCUCAAGGUUGCCAUGCAGGAGUUUUAUCGUGGAAUUGACCUGUUGCGAGGCUACGCCAACUUGAACCAAACGGCCUUUCGAAAAAUCAACAAGAAGUAUGACAAGGCUGUCAAUGCGGAGAAGCCCCUGGAGUAUAUGACGGAGCGGGUCAACAAAUCAUACUUUGUCAAGAGUGGAGAAACAGCAGAGAUGAUGCGAAAGGUGGAAGAUUGGUAUGGGCGAUAUUUCGAGGCUGGUAACACCAAAAUUGCCGCCACGAAACUCCGCAGCGCAACGCAGAAGCCCGGAGAUUUCUCUCCCAAUACGUUUCGAGCGGGUCUUUUUCUCAUGGCGGGAAUUCUAUUUUCCGCCCAGGCACUGGUUCAUGCGUCAAAUCAUUUGUUACACGGUGAUCUCACUCUCCAGGUACAUACAAGUUACUUGCUACAGGUGUACGGUGGAUACUUUAUGAUCUCCUUUCAUGUAUUGCUCUUUUGCCUGGCUUGCAUGAUUUGGACCAAGUCAAAGGUCAACUAUAGAUUCAUUUUUGAAUAUAAUACCCGGCACACUCUGGAGUGGCGCCAAUUGCUGGAGGUGUCGUGUUUUUUUAUUUUUCUUCUGGGAUUAUUUAUGUGGCUUAAUUUCUCAUGGGUUAAUGAGAUGUACAUAUACUGGCCCGUGGUGCUUAUUGGCCUGUCCGUUUUCAUCAUCUUUCUACCAGCACCGGUGUUGUACCAUCAGAGUCGGAAAUGGUGGGCUGCCACGAAUUGGCGCCUGUUGUGCUCUGGGUUGUAUAAGACGGUCGAGUUCCGUGACUUCUUCCUCGGCGAUAUGUAUUGCUCCCACACCUACGCUAUGGGGAACAUCGAACUCUUUUUCUGCUUGUACAUCACGUACUGGCACGACCCGGUCAAGUGCAAUUCAUCACACUCCCGGGUAAUGGGUGUAUUUACCUGUCUACCGUCAUUCUGGCGUGCCUGCCAAUGCGUUCGUCGUUAUGCCAAUGACAAGAAGAACAAGAAACUUUCGUUUCCACAGGAUGCAUUCCCGCAUCUGUUCAACUUGGCCAAGUACCUCUGCGGUAUUGGCUACUACAUGACUCUGAGCAUGUGGCGCAUCAACAGGUACACGCGAUUCGAAGCGCCGUUCCUCACUUUUGCUCUCCUGAAUUCUCUUUACACCUGCAUUUGGGAUGUGGUCAUGGAUUGGAGUCUGGGUAACCCCUACGCAAAGCGGAUCCUUUUGCGGGACGAAUUGGGCUUCCGCUAUGCGUGGGUCUACUAUGCUGCCAUCGUUUUGGACGUCGUUGUUCGAUUCAAUUGGAUCUUUUAUGCCAUCUUCUCCAACGACAUCCAGCAUUCGGCUUUCCUCAGCUUCUUUGUCGCACUGUCAGAGGUAUUCCGCCGUGGAGUGUGGUCCGUUUUCCGUGUGGAGAACGAACAUUGCGCGAACGUGAUGAAGUUCCAUGCUUCGCGCGAGCCUACACUCCCGUACAAGUUCGAUCUUACCCGGAGGUCGAGGGAGGGCUCUCGUGCUGAUGAUGUUCAGCUUCAAGAACAGCACAUCCAAUCACCCGUUAUGCCCACCAUUGACGUCGAAACCGGAGUCGGAAGUCCAAGAACAUCAAGCGUGCGCGCCCGCUAUCCCUCGGGCCACCCCUCGGGAAGUCUCAGGCGUCUCAGCUUCAGGGCUGGAACCGCACACACACAAGACUUCGAGCGCCGGCAGCUUCCCUCGUAUCUUUCCACUGAUACCGUUGCCCAGCUUGGUCACAGUUCGGAAGAUGAUGAGACUGAUGACGACGCGGAUUACACCGACACCGAAGGGGCAGAGACACCCCUGGACGAGCGAGACGAAACCCGGUCACCGACGGGCAGUGAAAGAAUUCGCAAGGAAACAGAAAGUUGAAUGAAUGAGUGAUUUCUGGUAAAUUUGCAUGACUAGCCAUGAUUUCUUUUAUGAUGAAUGCAUAUACGGA